AACCCGAUGUGUGUGAUUGUAUAGUAAAAUCGCGGUGUUCCAAGAUAAUUCUGUUUUGAUACAUAAAAUGCACUGAUUAAAAUGCUGUUAAAUUAAUAAUCAAAAAUUCAUAGUCUGUGUAAAUGAACGUGUUGUGCUCUGCAUUCUUUAAAUCUUCCACAGGAAAAUGAGUCGUGUUCAAAUCUCGCUGUAAAAGUUUUUCGGCAAAAUGUUGAGGUUGCUCGAUUUCAAUGGUUUUCAUUCACAUUACAUUCAUUCAUAGAAAAAAUAAUUUAAUUAAUGUUGCCGAGCGCGUACAUAUAUGUGUCAUUGUGUAAACAUAGAUGUGGGUAGCUAAAGUGAAUAUUUUUUUUUGUCAGUCAUCAAAAAUUCUACAGGAAAAGUUGAGAUACAAAGAGCGACAACCGUCAACACCAAAAUUAUAAAUAUUAUCCUUUCAUCGAGAGCGACAUAAACUCAGCGGUGUUAACAACCUAAUCUGUACAUACACACAUAUUUUAUCGUGUAAAUUGCUGAACAAUAAAAAUGUCUUACUCAGACAAAGAAUACUAUCAGCUUACAAUAAGCAUUAGCAAGGCACUAAAUGGCAUUGAAAUGCCACUGAAGGUUAAACAUGCCCGAGCUGCAAUAAUCGGCACGUUUCACACACAAGGAGCACAUUCACUGUGGGCCGUGUCGUUGAGACAGCCGCUACAAGACAAUCGAAUAACUGCCUGGAAAUUUUGUCAUUUACUUCACAAAGUUUUACGAGAAGGUCAUCCGUUAUGCUGCCAACAUUCGAUGCGACACAGAGCAAUGUUGACCGAAUUGGGAAAACUAUGGGGGCAUCUGAACGAUGGUUAUGGUAUAAGUAUACGACACUAUACGAAAUUGUUGGUGACAAAGCUAGAAUUUCAUGAUAGAAAUCCGCGCAUACCUGGAAAUUUGACUCUAAAGAGAGGCGAACUUGAAUCAAUUGCUGGCAAUGACGUCAAUUUCUACUUUCAGAUGGCUGUCGAGAUGUUUGAUUAUUUGGACGAUGUUAUAGCUUUGCAGGCUACCAUUUUCAGUUCGAUCACAACUUUUCAUGUCAACUCGAUGACCUUAGCCGGUCAAUGUCGAUUGUCGCCGUUGAUACCACUGAUUCAAGAUUCUAAUCAGCUGUACGACUUUCUCGUACGAAUCAUGUUUAAAUUGCACGGAAAUCUUCCAAAUGACGUCUUGCAAGGUCAUCGCGACCGAUUCCGAGCAAUAUUCAUCCAACUGAAGUCAUUUUACAAUCAGUCGCGAAAUCUUCAAUAUUUCGUCAAUUUAAUAACCGUUCCAAAACUGCCCGAAGCAGCACCGAAUUUCAGUUCACAAGUCGAUUUUGGAUCAUAUACGGCUCCCGUUGUUGUUAUUCCCGAAGAACCGGAACCAGAACCAGAACCAGUUGUCGACAAUCUGGUAGACAUGGGUGCAGCUCGUGAAGUAGAAACCGUAGCGCCUGUGGCCGCUGAGCCACCAACACCUACUGUUAAUUUCGAACAAAUUAUACGAGAACGAGAUGAUCUGAUUCAGCAUUUGCAAAUGGAAGUCGAUCGAAUCGGAAAACACUUACGAACUGUGUCGAACGAGCAGCGCGACAAUCAAGCAAUUCUUGAACAACAAAUCACUUCCUUACAUUCGCAGCUAAAUGAUGCGCAUGAGGAACUGGUGAAUAUGCGGUUCGAAAAGGAGGAACUAGAGUUGAAAGCUCAAUCUGCUGAAAAAGCGCAAAUCGAAGAAGAAAAGGUGAAAGCAACGGAAGACAAAUUCCAGAAACUUAAAGUUAUGUACACCCAUAUCCGUGACGAGCAUGUGACUUUAUUGAGACAGCACGGGGAGAUCAGUAAACAAUUGGUGCAAACAACGAAAAAUGCCAAUGAUGCCAUCAAGGAAAAAGAUGAAAUCAAAGUGGAAUUCGAGACUCUUCGGCAACAGCACAGUAAGAUUGAAGAGGUGGUACAACAGAGCACUGAAGAUGCGAAGAGUGAAAAAACUGAGUUAAGUGAACGUUUACAAAGUGUUCAGAAGGAGAAUGCAGCCUUAACUGAAAAGUUUGACGAUUUAAUGGCGAAUUCUUCUGCAGAAAUUGCCGAACUAAAAGUUAAUUUGGAUAAAGUUCGAGAGGAGAGUGAGAGUGUUAAAAGCGAAAAAGCUCAAAUCGAAGAGAGUGUCAAAAAUCUGGAGGAAAAGUACCAGUCGUGUGAAACGGCCAGAGGCGAAGUGGAACGUAAACUUCAAAGUGCAUUGACUGACCUCCAAGAAUUGCAAGUGAAGGUCGAUCAAAGUUCUGUGCAUACCGUAUCGCUGCAACAAAGCGUUCAAGACACCGAAGAAUCAAAGGCCGAACUACAGCGGUACAUUGAUGAUCUGCAGGCAAAACAUGACAACUUAAACACGAAAAACACCGAACUGACUGAGAAAUACGAUGUGGUGAUGGAAGAGAAACUGACGCUUGCCAAUAAAAUUGAUGAGCUUGAUAAAAUUAAAGAGGAGCUGACCAACGAGAAGGAAGAGGCCUCCAUUGAAAUCGAAACGUUGAAGAGAGAUUUAAUUGAAAAAAUUCAUGAAUGCGACACAUUACAGACUCAAGUCACAGAUACGCUUGCGUUGAAGGACAGCGAAGUCGGUGAACUGAAAGCUAAGCUAGAAGAGACCGAGCAGAAAUAUCAGGACAUCCAAACCAGCACCGACCGUUUACAAGACCAAAAAGUCCGAGUUGAAUCAGAUUUCCAAGAUUUACUUCAUCAACAGGAAGAAUUAACCGAGAAAUACAAUUCAACGUUGAGCACCAUAAAAGCGCUCGAAUCAACAUUGGAAGAUACAAAGAUCCGAGAUGAGACCAGAAUGCGAGCCCUGAUGGAAGCGUGCAUUAAAUCGUCGGAAAAAUUAGCCUUGCGUGCAAUGUCAGAGAACGAUGUUGCCAGCACGGCCAAUACGUCAACGUAUUUCAUGCUGAUUUCGGAAGAACUGCAACAGGUGCUAACUGAAUUAAGUAUUGUGUACGAUACGUAUGUCUCAGACAACAGUAAUGUCGAAGGAUUGGCCAGGAAAGUUAUUCUCGGCGGACAUUUAAUGGCAACAGUUCACGUACAAGGAAUGACCAUUUGUAAUUCGUCGGCUGACAUUGAAUUUGGUGAAAGAACAACGGACGAAAUGAAGAAAUGGAAUCAAAAUGUCUUGGAUCUGUUUACUUCACUGAAAGAUACACAUUCCGAUUCCGAUGCUGUUAAGUCGUGUAUCGAAGGCGUUCGCUCACAACUCCAGGGCAUCACGUCCAUGAUUCAUGACCUUAGUAAAAAAUCCGAUAGCACAGAACUGGUGGGCGAUAUUAUUGAACAAGAAUUGGCUGGCAUGGACAAGGCGAUCGAGGAAGCUGCCAAUCGGAUCGAGGAAAUGCUUUCGAAGUCUCGUGCAUCAGAUUCGGGCAUCAAAUUGGAAGUGAACGAGAAGAUUUUGGACGCUUGUACGGCAUUGAUGCGAUGCAUAAGAAUUUUGGUUCAAAAGUCACGACUGCUACAAGCUGAAAUCGUUUCAUUGGGAAAAGGAACGGCAACAGCAAAAGAAUUUUACAAAAGAAACCACCAAUGGACCGAGGGCCUCAUUUCAGCUGCAAAGAGCGUCGCGCAAGGUGCCAAUUUUUUGGUUACCGCUGCUAAUAAAUCUGUAUCAGGCGAUGGUAAACAUCAGCUGGAUCUAAUUGUUGCUGCCCAAGAAAUUGCAGCUUGCACCGCCCAAUUAGUCGUGGCAUCCAGAGUUAAGGCGCCGAAGGGAAGCAAGCAUUUAUCAGCUCUCGGUCAGGCCUCGCGGGACGUGACACAAUCAACUGGUGCCGUUGUGGCGACAGCCAAAGACUGUAGUCAACGUCUGGAGGAUUCUCAAGAUUUGGAUUUGUCCAAUUUAACGGUACACCAGGCAAAAACUCUUGAAAUGGAAAUACAAGUGAAAGUUCUGGAACUGGAACAGGGAUUGCAGGUGGAACGAUCGAGAUUGGCCGCUUUCCGGCGAAAGAAUUAUCGAGAAAAUUGAAACGAUACGUUAAUAGUUUAGUCGUUAUAUCUACAUAAGUGUCUUUGAUUAUGGUCCUAAUUGAAUUAGGUAUCGUUAGUGAGUAGACUACAUGAGUUUACAUUUUUUGAUAAGUUACCUACAGUUCUUGGCAUCGCUAAUGGAAUACAUUCAAGCUUUUCUAACUGUAAAAGGUCGCAAAAUUACUAUGUUACUACGGACGUUUUGAGUUGUCGUUGUACUGAGCCUUUCUCUGCCCUACAACUCAUAAAAAACUUACAAACCGGUUUUCAAAAUCUUUUCUUAAAACCGGUUUGUAAGUUUUUGAUGCGCUGCAGGGCAGUUCUGCAUAUUUUAUUUAGAUUAAUAUCGAUGUGAAGCUCAGAACCUAAUGUUUCAUUUCCAAAUUAAAAACUAUUUUCGAACAAGUGCCUUUGUUACACCCUAGUCAUUUCGGUUUCAAUUUACGUAAGAAAUUUCCGCACUCCAAAAACUUUCGUUACGUAAUUUUCAAAAGGAUGCUGUUUUUGCUCAGUGAUAAAUGCACGUAAAUAUUCGGUGACCUAAAGGCGAUGCACUAGAAUUUAUUGUUAAUUCCAUUAAGUUGUUUUUAUACCUAGGUUAAGCAUCCAGUUCAAUUUUAUUAAAAAUUUAUUUAUUUUGUA